CGCCCCGCCAGGUGCGCCCCGCCUCCCGCCUGGCUGGCUAACUUCUAGCUGCUUCCAGGCGUCCGCCAUUGGCUUUGGCGCCCCCCGAGUGUCCGGGCGUGCGGCGCGAUUAGGGACCAGGGAGGGUCGCGGGGUGUCGUUGGGGGCGAGCGCGGAGAGGGCCGAAGCGGUCGCGCGCGCUUUCGGUUUCCAAGGUCGGAGAACGGGCCUUGCCAGAGGCUUGCCCACUCCGCGGACCCUCGGGGGGCGCCGGCACCUGAGCGCGCGGCCCUCCACUGCGCGUGCGCGGACAGGGUCUUCGCGCACCUGAUCGCGAGAGAGACCCCAACGGUCGCCGGCUUGAGGCCUCGUCUGGGCGUCCCGGGUGGAGCCGGUUAUGGCGCAGCUGUGUGGGCCGAGGCGCUGCCGGGCGCUCCUCGCCCUGCUGGCAUCGCUGCUGCUCUGCCGGGCCGAGGCGGCCGGCGGGGAGCGAAGCAUCCACGACUUGUGCCGCGCUUCGCAGGAGGUGGGGCGAUGCCGGGCCUCCAUCCCCCGGUGGUGGUACAACGCCACCGCCGGGUCCUGCCAGCAGUUUGUGUAUGGUGGCUGUGAGGGGAACGACAAUAACUACCAGAGCGAGGAGGAGUGUCUCGAGAGGUGCGCUGGCGUCACAGAAAAUCCCAGUGAUGAGGAGGUCACCAGCAGGAAUGGAGCUGACGUCUCUGUCCCGAGUGUUUCCAGGAGGCAGGAUUCGGACGACGCCUCUGGUGAUGGCUUCAGCUAUGAAGAAUACUGCACUGCCAAGGCAGUCACCGGGCCCUGCCGUGCGGCCUUCCCGCGCUGGUACUUCGAUGCUGAGAAGAACUCCUGCGACAAGUUCAUCUACGGAGGCUGCCGUGGCAACAAGAACAGCUACCCGUCCCAGGAGGCGUGCAUGGGCCGCUGCUUCGGCAAGCAGGGGUACCCUGCCCUGCCCACUAGCAGUAAAGUGGUGGUCCUGGCGGGGCAGUUCAUCAUGGUCCUGAUCCUCCUCCUGGGAGCCUCUGUGGUCUGCCUGAUCCGGGUGGCGCGGAAGAGGCAGGAGCGCGCCCUGCGCACUGUCUGGAGCUCCGCGGACGACAAGGAGCAGCUGGUGAAGAGCACGGGCGUCCUGUGAGCGCCCGAGCCGGCGCGGGGCGGACUGUGUGUCCCGACAGAGCCGUGCGAGCGGCGUGCUCUGCGCUGCUCGCCCGUGGCUCCGAGUCCCUGGCAGGCGGUCUGGCAGCGGCCAGUCGUGUCCUUGUCCGCGUCCUGUCUUUCCUCCAGGGGUGGUGGCCUUGGCUCGCGUUGACUCCCGUUGUCUCCUUUCCCAUCACAGACGUGAUGUUUUCAUAGCUGCUUCAUUUGUGUGAUUCAUGUUUUUUUAAGUAAGCAAAAGCUGAGGGUUUUUUUUUUAUUAGGAUUCUGAAAGGAAGAAAAUAAAUUUAAUUAAAAGGGCCUAUCCUUUUAAAAUAAAUUCCUUUCAACACGC